GCGCCGCUGGGGAGCGGUCGCCAUUACUGCAGCUUUGGCGGCCAAACGACGUGCCCGAGCUGCCAGCCCUGAGCUGUCCCUGGUGGAGAAAUCGCCGCUGGACAACCGAGCCGUGGCACUCAAUACGUGUGUCGCUGUUCAGUUGUCUCAUGGGUAGCUUUGGUCUGGAAAUACAGCUAGGCGAGUACAAGCCCAUCACGUUGCGCAACGGGCUGCGUGUGCUUCUCUGCUCUGACCGAGCAGCCGACCGUGCAGCCGCAGCUCUUGAUGUUCAUGUUGGAUACUUCAAUGAUCCGCCGGACGUGCAAGGUUUAGCCCACUUUUGUGAGCACAUGCUCUUUCUUGGUACGGAGCAAUUCCCAGAAGAGAGCAGUUUCGAUGCUUAUCUGACUGCGAACAGCGGUUUUUCCAACGCCUUCACAGAGGCCGAGGACACCUGCUUCUUUUUCAGCUGCAGCACUGCCGGCCUGCGGUCCGCUCUGGAGCGCUUUGGAACCUUCUUUCAGAAGCCUCUCUUUACGGCCAGCGCGACCGAGAGAGAGGUCAACGCUAUCAACAGCGAGCACUUGAAAAAUGUGCCGAACGAUGUUUUUCGCAUGGGACAGGUCCUAAACAAUCGGGCCAAUCCUGCGCAUCCGUAUCACCGAUUUGGGACAGGCAACAUCAAGACUUUGCUGGAAGACACGGCCGCUGAAGGAGUUGACCUCCGAGGCGAACUUCUGCGCUACUAUCGCCGCUACUACAGAGCGCCGCUCAUGACAUUGUGUAUCCUCGGCGACGAAUCCCCAGACGUGCUCGGACGAUAUGCCGAACAGUACUUUGGGGGAAUUCCCGGUCUUGCUGAAGGUGAGAGACUUGAUCCUGCGGCGGCCUAUGAAGACCAGCCGCCUUUCUUGCCGGAAGCUUUCGAACAAGGCAUCGAAGCUGUCCCCGUCGCUGAUGCUCGCGAGCUGCAGGUAGUGUUCCCGGUGCCGUUUGCACCGGGCAACGCCCGCAGAGUUGAAGCACAAGAAGCACCGCCUGCUCCAACUCGCGGUCGCAUGUCUGUCGAGAGCUGGCGGUGGUACAAUCCCGCCUCUCAUGUCGGAUGUGUGCUUGGUCAC